CAUGGAUCAUUUGCUCCAGUUCGUGAGAACAGCAAAGCUCUAUGGUAUGUUGACGGCAAGGAUUACAUGUCCGCUGUGGCUGAUGCUAUCGAGACUGCCGAAGCGGAAGUUCUGAUAACCGACUGGCAAAUGAAUCCUGAAAUAUUUUUGAAACGACCUGAUUCCGGAGUUGAGAGCUUGUAUUGGCGACUGGACAAGAUGUUGUUGAGAAAGGCUGACGAGGGCGUUCGAGUGAAAAUAUUAUUAUACCAAGAGUUGAAACAAGCUAUAGAUCUUGGAAGUAGUCACGUCGUGAAACUACUUGGUAAUCAUGAUAACAUCGAAGUUCACCGCCAUCCUGAUUUCAUCACUGCAGCACUGCAGUUGUUUCGCUGGAGUCACCAUGAGAAGAUAGUCAUUGUUGAUGGUAGUGUUGCUUUUGUUGGCGGUAUUGAUCUAUGUUAUGGUCGCUGGGACACUCGUAAACACGAAUUGAUGGAUGAAUACCCCAUACAUUCGGCUGUGAACGGAAGCGAAGUUUCAGAUGACCAAGAGAAUCCUCGUAGUCAUAGAAACCAUGCUCGGUGGAUUGGCAAAGAUUACAGAAACACGUUUUAUAACACGGAGAAAAGAACGGAUUGGGACGAACCAUUAAAGGGCUACGAUGGUGUUGAUAGAAAUGCUAUUCCUCGCAUGCCUUGGCAUGAUGUAAGCUGUGCUUUCACUGGAGAAGCUGUUUAUGAUUGUGUGUCUCAUUUCAGAGACAGAUACAAUGUUAUUACCAAAACUUGGUGGGCGAGAUGUCUGGAUUUGUUUCACCACUACUUUCAAAGCACUGCUUACCGUGCAAUAGAACGUUUUGCUGGCAAAAAAACCAAAGCGGAAGAAAUCGUGUUUAAAUCCGGUGGCCAUAACGUAAGUAUUCAAAUGCUAAGAUCUGUGGACAACUUGUCGGCUGGUGUGAAACACGAGGACUCCAUAUAUCGUGCUUAUUUGGAUGCGAUAAAGAAUGCUCAACACUUCAUCUAUAUUGAAAACCAGUUCUUCAUUUCAUCCCAAGAUGGUAUCUUACUAAAAGUUAAAAACCAGAUCCAGUCAGCACUUGUUGAAAGGAUUGUCCGCGCCCACCAAGCCAAUGAAGACUUUCAUGUCAUGAUCAUUAUUCCCAUUAAACCCGAAUUCCCUGGAGAUUUGGACGACAAAGAUAUGAAUGGAAAAGCUUUACGAACUGUGACCUUUUGGAUUGAAAGCACCCUUUUCGAAGGAAAAGAUUCGCUAUUUUGUAAACUCGAGAAAGAAAAUAUUUCACAAAAAUCUGCAAUGAAGUACUUCUCUCUAUUCAGCCUGCGUACAUACGAUCUGAUAGGAACACGUUUCGUUACUGAGAUUGUGUAUGUUCACAGUAAGAUCAUGAUAGUCGACGAUCGUUUAGCAAUCAUUGGAUCCGCCAAUAUCAAUGAUCGCAGCAUGCUGGGAGGAAGAGAUUCUGAAGUCGCUGUCUUGAUAGAGGAUUUGGAAUAUCUGGAUGGUAAAAUGAAUGGUGUAGAUUUCAAGAUGGGGAAAUUUGCUCACAGCUUGAGAUGUGAUCUACUGAAGGAGCAUCUAGGAAUAGUUGGGGACAACGAAGAAUGUUUCAGCAUCGACGAUCCACUCGCCAGCAACUCUAUCAAAGAUAUACGUCACAGGUCAGCGAGAAACGAUGAAUUGUUUAGAAAUGCAUUCGAUGUAUCAUGCACUGCAGAGAAUUUCGAAGAAAUUGAAGCGCUGAAUUGUCGCAAAGGCGUAAGUUUGUCAUGUGCGAAUACGGCGAUCAAACAAAAAAUUCUCAAGCAAAUAAAAGGAAAUCUAGUGAAAUUCACUCGAACAAAAAGAGAACUUGAACCCUCAUUGGAUGUUCUAGAUUUAACGACAAAAGAUGACUGUGAACCUCCGCCCAAAAAAGCAACGUGGUACAGUUUCAUAGGAUCUGGAUGGAGAAUGGUACAAAGUUUGCUUCGUAAUAAAUGUUUCUAAUUUACAAAACUCUUUUAACGUCUUCGUUUCACGGCCACAACUGAACAAAACGUUUACAAUUCAUUCAAUUUAGCUGUGAUUAAACCUUUAAGAAUAAGUGUCAUACUUUAAAAUUAAACCUUCAAGAGUACCAGUCAGUAAUACUUUAAGCGCUUUUGGUGCCCUGUACUGAUCUCACAAUGCACUGGAUGUAGCAACUACACCUUUCGAUUAAUAUCUUCCGAGGAUCGGUCAAACGGAGAAUUAUGAAGCAGAGAUUUCUCUUUGAGAGUUACGAUUUCGAAGAGUUAAGUUCAGGCAAUGCGCAAACAACGCAUAUUUUUUCCACAAAACUGAGCUAUCAUGCGUCUGGAUUCGUUUGUCCUCGUUCUUCCAAAAAACAAUUGAAUAGUAUUCCAGUGCCGAAGCGCCCAAAAAAUCGCAGUGCCGAAGUCGUAUGAAAUGAAGGAAAUGAUAAUUCAGUUUUGUCGAGGCUUCUGAUUGGUUGAUUUUUGUACUCAGGUCAGCUGGAAAUUGCCAAAUCUCCGAUGUUUCUUUAAAGCUCCGAAAUUUAGAAAAUUUUUUCGUAAUUUUCGUUUUCAACAUUUUUCGCGCAGACUAGUCAUGCUCACCAAGUGGGUAUCAGGUUUAGCGUAUAUAAGGUUUAGCGUAUAUAAGGUUUAGCGUAUAUAAGGUUUAGCGUAUUUCAUUAAUGGCAUCAUUAGAUAUA